AUGCCUCGAGAGGACUUGCGGCUCCUGGUGAAGCAGGAACGGAACCUGAGGAGCUUAAUGGACAGCAUGCAAGAGUUUUUGAACGAAUACCAAGCGGAACGAGAUUACAUAUCUUUGAAGUAUCGGAUGCAGAAACUGGAUGAGGUGUACGACAAGUUCAUUCGAGUGCGAGAAAACAUUGAGGUGAUCACCGACGAUGUGGAAAUGGAUGUUGGAUUGGAAGGCGACGAUGAGCAGUCAGCUCUCGAACGUGCGAUGCGAAUCAGCGAGCGCGAAGAGGUCAAUAUGCGCAUCAUCAAGGAUUUUGAGAACCGUUUUUUUGAAAUAAAGCAUAGUUUGGGAGUGCUUGAAGCAGCCGAAAGUCGUUCCUGUACCAGUGUUCAAACUGUCAAACCAUCAACAGCGGUUGAUUCAAUGCCAAGAAUUAAGCUCCCCGAAUUGAAACUACCGACAUUUAGCGGAAAGUUGCAGGACUGGAUCACUUUUCGUGAUACAUUCACCAGCAUGAUCCACAACAAUGCGCAUCUAUCCGAUAUUGACAAGUUUACCUAUCUGCGAACGUCGUUGACAGAUGAUGCAUUAAUCGAAAUAGGAUCCAUCGAAUUGACAUCGGCUAACUACACCAUAGCCUGGCGAACACUCGAAAACACUUUCGAAAACAGAAAGCUGCUUGUGAAGUCAUAUCUCGACGUAUUGUUUGCUGUCAGUCCUAUGAGUGAAGAAUCUUAUGAUCAGCUUAAUAGAGUGGUAAAGGAUUUUGAGACAACGUUAAUGAUGCUUCAAAAGGUCGGUGUUGAAACUGAUGGGAUGUCAACCAUUCUUCAGCAUAUGGUGUGUCAACGUCUGGAUGCUGCUACUCUACAACGCUGGGAAUCUUACCACAACUCUAAGGAGGUUCCAUCGUAUAGGCAAUUGAUGGAAUUUUUGAAGUCAAGAUGUCUGGUACUUCAUAACAUCUCGCUAGUUCACUCUGUUCAAGGGGAAGUGAAGAGGCAGUCUCGUUUUCCAGCAGUAGGUCAUCCCGGUAUACAACAGAAGGUAACGUGUCCUUUCUGUGGUGAAUCUAUGCAUUCCGUGUUCAAAUGUAUGAAGUUCGUGAAGAUGAAAGUGUCCGAUCGUGUAGAAGUGGUGAAGAAAAGAUCAUUGUGCCUGAAUUGUCUUUCGUCAGGCCACAUUGCGAGAUAUUGUUUGAAAGGGUCCUGUCAAAAUUGUGGAAGACGUCAUCACACCCUCCUGCAUGCAGGCCCUCCGGUAUCGCAGUUCAAUUCAGAACAGUUACGAGUUCCCCAGCAAUCUAAUGUAAGCGCGAAUCAACAGCCACCACAGAACGAAACAGGGAUAUCAUACGAAGUUUUUCCUUAUUCCACUCUCCAGAACCAGACAGAUCUAACGCACAUCCCCAACCCGAGCAUGAAUAACCUCCCAUCCUCAAGUACCACAGAUAAUCCUUCUACUAGCCACAGUUCUGUAUUGUCCGCAAAUCCUACCACUCUUCCGAACACUGUCCUGCUAUCUACAGCAGUUUUAACAAUUGGGGAUGAAUACGGGAAUAUCAUUCCAGCUCGAGCUUUAUUGGACUCAGGGUCACAGCUAUGUUUCAUGACUGAAAGGAUCGCUCAGUCUUUGAAAUUUCAUCGAUAUCGAGAGUAUCUUCCUGUCAAAGGCAUUGGGCAAUCGAAAACUUGUUCCACCCAGUCUGUUUUCGCUUCGAUUGGUUCACGGUGUUCUGAUUACCGCUCUACUUUGAAAUUCCACGUUCUCCCGAAAGUCACGGCUGAUAUUCCAGUGAAAAGGAUCGACAUCGGUAGUUGGCAGAUACCUCCAGGAAUAACCAUGGCAGAUCCCGAGUUCCAGAAUCCUGGUGGUAUUGAUCUCAUUCUUGGAGCAGAAGUCUUUUAUGAUCUGCUGUUGGACGGGCAGCACAAGUUAGAUAGCAUUGGGCCUAUACUGCAGAAUACUCAACUUGGUUGGGUUGUUUCCGGCAAGGUUUCCGAAAAAUCCAGAGUUCAAGCCACUGUUUCAGCUUCUUGUACCGAAGAACGGGUUAAUGAAUUACUAACUCGUUUUUGGGAGUUAGAAGCUUGCCACAAUUCUAGUACGCUUUCACUGGAAGAAUCGGAGUGUGAGAAGAUUUUUGAAGAUACUACUACGAGAGACUCAUCUGGAAGGUUCGUUGUUAAGCUCCCUAGGAAGGACUUCCUAAUCCGUCUGCUGGGGGAAUCAAGAAGUCAAGCCGAGCGUCGUUUUUGGUCUUUGGAGUGCCGUUUAAAAUCAAACCCUGAGUUGAAAGAGGAGUACAGCUCAUUCAUUCACGAGUAUCUGGAGCUUAAUCAUAUGCGUGAAGUUAUUGCUGAAGAGGAAGGAGAUAUAUCAAAACCGCCGCCAUAUUACAUGCCACAUCAUCACGUAUUGCGUCCUGAAAGUUCUACUACUAAACUACGCGUAGUUUUUGACGCGUCCGCUACAACGACGUCUGGAAUUUCGUUGAAUCAAGCACUGAUGGUCGGACCUGUACUCCAGGAAGAUUUAGUGUCCAUAGUUCUUCGCUUCAGAUUGCACAGAAUCGCUAUAGUUGCAGACGUAGCGAAAAUGUAUAGGAUGAUUAAUGUAGUCCCCGAAGAUCGUCGUCUACAGAGAAUUGUUUGGAGAGAUUCACCAGAUGAGCCUUUAAGGACAUUUGAACUAACUACCGUUACGUACGGCACCGCGUCUGCCCCCUAUCUAGCCACGAAAUGCCUACAACGACUUGCGGAAUGCGGGAAGAAGAAGUACCCUAUUGCGGCCAAGACUCUGAGUGAAGAUUUUUAUAUGGACGAUUGUUUAACGGGUGCAGAUACUAAGGAGGAAAGCAUCAAAAAAUGCUGUGAACUGAAUGCUCUAUUGUCGUCUGCGAAAAUGCUUUUAAGAAAAUACAACUCGAACAACGUAGAAGUUCUUUCGGUUCUACCUGGCGAGCUCCGAGACGAUAGGAUUUCCCUGGAGCUUGAUGCAUCGCAGACUAAAAUUAAGACACUGGGCCUCAUUUGGGAUACACAAUCGGAUUGCUUCCAUUUCUCUGUGCCUCAGUGGAAUUCUUCUACAGAAAUAAACAAGCGUAUCAUUCUCUCCGACUUUGCCCGUUUGUUCGAUCCCCUAGGAUUGGUCGGUCCUGUUAUGGUUCAGGCCAAGAUAUUUCUCCAGGAGCUCUGGAAGCAGAACUGUUCCUGGACGGAAACGCUUUCCAAUCCUUUCCAGCAAUGGUGGCUGGAAUAUCGGAGCAACUUGGCUGGACUAUCCAAUUUACAAGUUCCACGAUGGGUCGCCUUUGGUUCGGAUGUUAUCUCCGUUGAGCUUCAUGGCUUCUGCGACGCUUCCACUAAGGCCUACGGGGCCUGUAUCUACCUGCGUUGUACGCGUUCCAACGGAAUAAUUUCGGUAAAUCUUCUGAUCUCCAAGUCUCGAGUAGCACCUCUGGAUGAUGUCAAGCGUAAGAAGAAGAAAAUGACAAUACCAAGGUUAGAGUUAUCGUCUGCCCUCUUACUCAGCCACUUAUACGAAAAGGUGACAGGCAGUUUAAGAAUUUCUGCGAAAUGUUUCUUUUGGACGGAUUCCACCAUUGUGAAGUGCUGGCUCUCUUCGCCACCGUCACGGUGGCAAAUGUUUGUUGCUAACAGAGUCAGCGAAAUCCAGCAUUUAACAAAAGAUGGAGUUUGGAAUCACGUUGUUGGUAUGGAAAAUCCUGCGGACGUCCUGUCUCGUGGUGCCACUCCUGAAGAACUACUAAAUCAUGAGCUUUGGUGGCGAGGUCCAGAUUGGUUGGAACUCUCACAUGACGCAUGGCCGAAAACUGGAGGUACCGAUGAAACGGAGUUUGAGCACACACUUCUUGAAGAGGCUGCAGUUGCUGGACCCGCUCAAGUGGAUUCACCGAAUGAGAUAUUUUUAUUGAAGAGUUCGUUCACCUCACUGGUUGAUCUAGUCGCAUUCUGCCGAAGAUUUUCUUUCAACUGUAAGAAUAGAAACAGCCAUCGCGUAGGAUGUUUAACAGUCACCGAAAGAGAGGAAGCUUUACGAGUACUCGUUAAACUAGCUCAGAAAGAAUGUUUUCCUCAAGAUAUAUCCGCUGUCGAUUACACGGGUGAAGUUAAAAACACUUCAAAGCUGAAAUCGCUUCGCCCACAACUGGUUAACGGAAUUCUGGUCGUCGGAGGUCGUUUAGAGAACGCACCGAUUGCUGUUGGAAGGAAGCAUCCUAUAAUCCUUGAUAAUCAUCACCCGUUUACGCUGCUGAUCGUCAACCACUACCACCUCGUCAUGUUGCAUGCUGGACCCCAACUACUCACCGCUUGUGCUAGAACCUGUAAAUCUAAGUUCCUGUGCGGGAUUUGCCAAGCGAAGCACCAUACGAUGUUGCACGACCCAGCAGCACCACCGAAUGAAUUCUCACCGGAGAGAUCACAGCUCAAACAAGUGAAUCCAGGUCCGAGGGGUUCACCCAGACCACCAACGAUAAAUCUAUUUGUGCGUUCAAAUUCUACGGUUCUGUUGGAGACAGUUGCUCUGUUAGUUGUCGACCGAUACGGUAUAAAGAUUCCUGCUAGAGCUCAACUAGAUUCUUCAGCGAUGUCCAUCUUCAUCACCAAAAAAUUGGCGAACGAACUCGCCACCCGUCAAAGCCCCGUGGACAUCGCAGUUGCCGAAUUUGGAGAGGCAGUGAUGCGCAUAAAGUGCAAUUUAUCUGCCAAGAUCGUACCCAGGAACAGCGACUUCUCCACCACACUAGAUCUCGUCGUCAUUAAGAAACCAACAUCAUAUCUCCCCACAUUCCCGAUCGAUUCAACUGCCUGGAGAAUACCAAAGGCUCCAUUGGCGUAUUCUCAGCAACAAUCGACAUGA